AUGUCAACAUCAAAUGAAAUUAUUAAUUGUAUUAAUGAAUCAUUCAUUAGCAUUAAUACCAACGAUAAUUUAGAACAAGAUUCUGUUGCCUAUUUAUCUGGUCUAAUUUCAGAAUGCGAGUCAUUUGAAGAGCUAAAAGAACAGUUCUCAGUCUUUUGCAAGGAAUUUGAAAUUAUCAGUAAUGAACAAGAAGUCGAAGAUGUUUUCAAUACUCUUGUAGCCUUGUUAAAACGUAAAGGUCUUAUUUCUUUCAACAUUGAAAAGAGCAAACCACACUUAGUCUGCACCGUCAACCCAAAUGCUGAACCAAAAUUAGACGACCCAAACUUAACAAUGGAACAAUACUUAUCGUUAACUCGUUCAAGUGAUAGCCGUGUUAGACUAUUAACUCUCCGUUCAAUGUGCCCAUGUAAGGUCAAGGCUGACAUCGACCAAUUGUGGGACCGUAUCAUUGAAAUGUCUCAGGAUGAUGACCCAAAGGUACGUUACCAAGCCAUGCACAACUUGUGUGAUGGAUCCCCAAUCUGGAGAGAAGAGUCCGUUAUCAGAGCUUUGGAGGGUAUGCAUAAUGACAAGAAUGCAAAGAUCAGACGUAGAAUUCAUAAUAUCCUCGUCCACUACAAGCACACCGGUAAAUGGAACAUCAUGUAAAUCUUGGCACCUUGAUUUACAUUUUAAUAUCAAUGAUAAUUAUUAUUAUAAUUACUCUUUUAAUAAUAAUAAUAAUAAUUAUUAUUUUGAUUCUUUAGGUCAAAAUUUAUAUUGGGUUUAUAAUAUAAAUUAUUCAAUUGGUUCAAAUUGCUCUACUUCAAGGUUAUCAAUUAAAAGAUAUCACUGGAUUUGGCCCUGUAGAUGGAAAUUAUAAGAGAUUUCUUUUGGCUAGUUAAGAAUUAAAUUUAUUUUUUUAAAAUAAAUACACUAGUUUUUCUCAUUUAAUUAAUUAUUAAAUAAUAAUUAGUUCAAAAAAUAAAAAAAUAAAAAAAAAUAAAAAAAAAAAUAAAAAAGAUUCUUUUUUAUAAUU